CUCUUCAAUUUUGUCAAUCCACCAUUCAACGUGACGAUGAAGAAAGAGAAGAAGCCGACCCGUCGUUCAAAUCUCUGUCAUCGAUCGGUCCUCAAUCUUAUUAACCCCAAACCUGCGGUUAGGGUUUUAACUUGUUCAAUCCGAUUUCUUCAUACUUGUAAUCGGAUCGCAAGAUGUCGCUGCCGGAUUCUCUCCCGUCGUCUUCUUCUUCUCCGCCUGUGACCCGCGAAGAAGGCGGUUAUAUUCGUUUUGAACACGGCCAAGAUAACGGUUUCGACCAUCGUGAUCGACCGCCAUGGAAUCGUUCGGAGUACGAUUACCGCCAUGGGAGCAUUGUUGCAUCGGAGAACGCGAGGAAUACUUCAAAUGCCGAAGAUCCUUGGUCUUGCGUUGUCGUCGUCGCUACCUUCUGUGUCUUCGUGUCGAUGACUUUGAUUCUGGGGCUUUACGGAACAACGAACGUAUGGUUGGGACCAAACUCCUCCUUCCUUAUCAAGCCAACUUCAGUUUUCGUCCAAAAUGUGAUUGUGGAAGAAUUAGGGAACAAGGGGUCCGGUAUGAUGCUGUACGGAUUGAACCAAGCCCCACAGCUUGAUGUUCUGGCCAAUUGGUCUGAAGUUCACUAUUUAGCUGUGCCAAAUGACUCUUACAAGUAUUGGAUACAAUAUUUGAACAAAGGGUCGCGAGUUAAAGUUUCAUACAACAUUGAAUCUGUGGGUUCUUCCCUCUAUCUUGUGAUAGCCCAAGGUGUGGAUGGGCUCUCUGAAUGGGUUCAAGACCCUACGCGUCCAGACACGACAUUAUCAUGGCAUCUAAUCUCUGAUAGUGGUUUCAUCGAGCAGGACAUAACUAAGUCGUCGAGUUAUUAUAUUGCAGUAGGCAACGUAUACCUGAAUGAAGUGAAGGCUACGAUUGACAUUCAAGUUGCGGCGGUAUUGUAUGAUACUACAAAUGCUUAUUACAAUUGCACAUUUCCCAAUGACAAGUGCACUUUGAGUGUUCCAUUAUUUGGAACCAAUGCUGCUGUACUAACAUCGCCCGGUCCAAAGCUGAACAAUUCUAAGAAUGAGUUCUGUGCAAAGCUCUCUUACGAGCCAAGGUGGAUUGCAUACAUUGUUUGCAUGGGUGUAGUUACAGCACUAUUGUUAAUCGUCUCUUGUCUCUUCAAUAAAAGACAAACAGCUUCUGAAGACGAAACCAAUGAUGAAAAUGAUGAUGUAGCUCCUCUUAUUCCGGGAAAAGAUGAUGAUAACUCGAGCUGGUGCUCGUCCUACAGUUCUAUCGUGACAAGUACGGAGGAAUUGGAAGGUGCACACGGUGAAGCCCACAGUAGUUCAAGAUAUCUCUGUGCGAUUUGCUUUGAUGCGCCUAGAGACUGUUUCUUCCUCUCUUGUGGACACUGCGUUGCUUGCUUCCAGUGCGGGACACGGAUCGCUGACACUUCGGGAUUUUGCCCCGUAUGUCGAAGGAAGAUCAGGAAGGUGAAGAAGAUCUUUAACGUCUAACAUGUCGAAAUCCAGAACAUACAGUGCACAUUUUUGUGCUUUUAUUUCUCGCAUUACCGAAUUUGUAUAGAGGUAAAGACAGAAAAUGUGGGGGAUGGAGAAAGCCAAAAAAAGUCCCUUUUAAAAAAAUCAGCAGCUGGUGAAUGUUACUCCUGUAUAUGAAAUGAUUCUGGAGUUUCGGUUUGGUUGUACUUGUAACCAUAUUUCAUUGACUCUCGCCGGCUCAUCUGAAAUCUUAUUUUCCCC